GGUUCCGGCGGUUCCGGGGGCCAUGGGGCUGCUGUCCGACCCGCACCGGCGGCGCGCCCUGGCCAGACUCGUCCUGCGCCUCAACACCCCGCUCUGCGUGCUGAGUUACAUCGCGGGCCUGGCCUGGUUCGUGGCCCUGGCGUGCCCCCCGCUGACCCUGCGCACCUACAUGUCCGAGAACGCCAUGGGCUCCACCAUGGUGGAGGAGCAGUUUGCCGGCGGGGAGCGAGCCCUGGCCUUCGCCGGGGACUUUGCCGCCCACAAAAAGAAAGCAGGGGGGAUGCCGGUGGCCUGGCUGGAGAAGACAAUGACCGCGCUGGGGUUGGAGGUGUACACCCAGGAUUUCGCCCGCACCCUGCCCUUCCCCGACGAGGCCCACGAGAGAUACAUGGUGUCGGGGACCAACGUGUACGGGAUCCUGCGCGCCCCUCGGGCAGCCAGCACUGAGUCCCUGGUGCUCACCGUGCCCUGCAGCCCCGGGACGCGCAACAACCAGGCCGUGGGGCUGCUCCUCGCUCUGGCCGCCUACUUCCGCGGGCAGAUCUACUGGGCCAAGGACAUCAUCUUCCUGGUGACGGAACACGACCUCCUGGGCACCGAGGCCUGGCUGGAAGCCUACCAUGGGGUCAACAUCACGGGGAUGCGUUCGUCGGGGCUGCGGGGCCGGGCCGGGGCCAUCCAGGCCGCCCUGGCGCUGGAGCUCAGCAGCGACGUGGUGACCAGCCUGGACGUAGCCGUGGAAGGGCUCAACGGGCAGCUGCCCAACCUGGACCUGCUUAACCUCGUGCACGCCUUCUGCCAGAAAGGAGCCCUGCUGUGCACGCUGCAGGGCCGGCUGCAGCGCCCGGACUGGGCCUCCCUGAGCGGCUCCCUGCACGGCUUUCGGACGCUGCUGCUGAUGGUCCUGCGGCAGGGAUCGGGCCGGCCCCAGGGCGCCCACGGCCUCUUCCUGCGCUACCACGUGGAGGCCCUCACCCUGCGAGGGGUCAACAGCCUCCGCCACUACAAAUACGACCUCACGGCGCUGGGCAAGACCUUCGAGGGCCUCUUCCGGAAGCUGAACAACCUGCUGGAGCGACUGCACCAGUCCUACUUCUUCUACCUGCUCCCGUCGCUGUCGCGCUUCGUGUCCAUCGGCCUCUACAUGCCGGCCGCCGGGUUCCUGUUGCUCGUCCCCACGCUGAAGGCUCUGGAGCUGUGGAUGCGGCUCAGCGGGGCCGACCUGGGCCCUGAGGAACCGUCCCCCGGGGGGCCCGACCCCCGGCCCGGAGGAGAGGUGCCGCGGGGCCUGGGGCUGACGGGGCUGGUAGCCCCGGUGCUCAUCUGCCAGGCCACGGGGCUGGCCCUCUACCUGCUGCCGGUCCUGGGCCAGCACGUGGCCACCCAGCACUUUCCGGUGGCCGAGGCCGAGGCCGUGGUCCUCACCCUUCUGGCCAUCUACGUGGCCGGCCUGGCCCUGCCCCACCACACCCCCCGGUUGUCCCGCGGCUCCGUCCGGGGCUGGAUGACCCUGAAGCUGCUGGCGCUGCUCUACCUGGCCCUGCAGCUCGGCUGCAUCGCCCUGGUCAACUUCUCGCUCGGCUUCCUGCUCGCCGCCGCCAUGGUGCCCGCCACAGCCCUCGCCCGGCCCGGCGGCCCCAGGCCGCUGCACGCCGUGCUGCUGCUGUUGGCCAGCCCCGGGGCCGUGCUGCUGGGCUGCCUGUUCCUGUGGCGGGAACUCCAGGAGACCCCCGUGGGCCUGGCAGAGGGCUGGCAGCUCUUCCUGGCAGCCUUGGCCCAGGGGAUCCUAGACCACCACCUGUACGGAGCUCUCCUCUACCCGCUGCUGGCGCUGGGCCUCUAUCCCUGCUGGCUGCUCUUCUGGAACGUCGUCUUCUGGAAGUAGAGAAUUAAUAAUAAUAAUAAUAAUAAUAAUUAGAGAAGCAG